CAGUCUUCAUCCACUUUCUGUCCGCUUCUCUACGUACCUGUCAACCACCACCACCACUUUGCCCUAGUCACGAUAUAUUUCACUCUUUCUUCAUUAGGUAUUCCUUUCAUAGAGUGGUCACCCAAAAAGGAACCCGGUCAAAUUGUCACUCAAUCCUUUGACUGUACCAAGCACAUCACCAUGGCCUCAAUAGGAGUUUCUGGGCCAGCCAAGUUGCAAGCUGUCACCACUCUCAUUCAUAAGCUGACCGAGGACCUCAAGAGCACAAGUCUCUCGCCAGAAGAACGAGACAAGGCCCUGGAGGAACUCAAGGUGUAUGGCCGAGACCCUAGAAAUGCCGACCCCAUUUUCACCAAGCAAGGCAUUGAGACUCUCACAAAACAUGCCUUCGACUCGCCGUCAGAAACCACCUCUCGGAAUGCCCUCCGUGUGCUCUGCAACGCCAUGCUCCUCAUACCCGAGACACGACAGCGCUUCGUUGACCUAGGCUAUGAGUCCAAGGCCUGCGAAAAGCUCAAAAACGACAACUGGGACGACGAGUUUCUGGCCACCCGAGUCAUCUUCUUCAGCACCUACGGCACCACUGUUGACCUUGCCAAGCUCAUCGAUGAGCAUCACCUGGCUGAGAGCAUGGUUGCGAACCUCGCCCGCCACGCCUCCAGAAUCUCCGAGCAUGCCAAGAACAAGACCAAGCCGGACCCCAUGGAACUCAUGGCCCUGGGAGAGACACUACGGCUCCUGUUCAAUGUCACCAGCAAAUGUCCAUCCAAGCUGGACUGUUUCACUGCUGCGGUCCCGCAUAUAGUGACCCUUCUUCUCAGCUUGGAUAUCCCACCACCAAAGGGAACACCGCCCCUCGAGUCUCCCCUCAGUCCUCUGGUCAAUGCGCUCAUGAACCUCAAGCUCGAUUCCGAGGAAGCACGGUCAUGCCUCUACCCCAAGGACGCACCCUCCAGUCUUGCCGAAAAGCUCAUCACCCUUCUCGAUCUCUCCCUCAAAGCCUACUCAGACCAGGAACUCGACGCAACCGUCACCCCUCUAGUCUGCAUCAUCUCUUCCAUCUACGAGAAUGCCCCAGCCGACUCUCCCGUUCGUGACUUCAUCCGCAAGAGCCUGCUCCCCUCAGAAGAGGAGCGCAACAAGGUUCUCGGCAAGGGCGACACCCUUCCCGCCAAGCUGCUAGCUAACAUGACCAACCCCAUUGCUCCCGAGUUUGCCAGAGCUGUGUCCCACCUUCUGUUCAACGUGUCGGACAAGGACGCAAACAAGUUUGUCGAAAACAUCGGAUACGGCUAUGCUUCUGGCUUCCUGUUCCAGAACAACAUCCCGGUUCCCGAAGGGCUGGGUGGCGAUGCCGAGAAGGGCGAAAGUUCCCAGGCUGGUCAAAGCAGCAGGAGGGCGGUCAACCCCAUUACUGGCCAGUUCUUGGAUACCGAGACGUUCCCGGAUAUGCCCGAGAUGACCAUGGAGGAGAAGGAGCGUGAGGCCGAGAGACUGUUUGUCUUGUUUGAGAGGGCGAGGAAGCUGGGAAUCGUUAAUGUUGAGAACCCUGUUGCCAAGGCGGUUCAGGAGGGUCGUUUCGAAGAGUUGCCCGACGACUACGAAGAGGAUUCGGACUGAGCAAAGGGCCCGACGUUUCUUUUUGUUGCAAGUCUACCUGGAAAACCUCGACCCAGACUGACCACCUAGAACUCACCACGCUGGUCUAUCAAUGCUAUCGUAAUGCUAAUCAAUAUCACCCGGUUUUAAUCCCGACAAAAAAAAAGAGCUGACGACGCUGAUGCUGGUGAGGAUGACGACGCGCAUCACACAUCAUUCGAGCCUCCUCCACUAACUGAUGCAUCCAUGUUGUCGAUCCUCGUGGAACGAUGUCGGCUCUUCAGGGGCACAUGAUUCGCUUUGCCCGGAGUGUACUCCGCUACGGUGAGAUGGCAGGGCUGACAAUGUGUUAUUCCUUCACCGCAUGUCCGCGUACCGGAGACUGCGGCACUGCUUCCUCACACUGCAUCACCAUCACCACCCACUUGUCACCGACCAGUGAUGAUGCCCUUGAUGGCUCAAUAGGCCUUCCUCCGCGGAGGUAUACGACUCCCACCUAGGACGGCAAGUUCUGUCUCAGUUCAAAAGGUGUGAUCACCAAUAGUGGAACGGUGACUGCAGGGAGUACCCAGAUUCCUACACUGUGAAAAGGGACAACCAGUAUAUGUACGGCAUCAGACAUUCAGAAUAUCCCGUCCAUUUCCAACGGGCAUUUCGACAUGGUAAAACCAGGAACCUGAGUCAAAACUACAAAAGGAGGUCUUGGUCUCUUUCUUUUCCGCUGACCAAUUUCUUCAAUGUUUAUCUUUUGCUCCCCUUCCAGACUCCAAUUCCAAGAAAGUCCGUUGACAUUGCCGAGACAACUGAACUUGCCGGUUUCCUAUCAGUCCGACAAGUCGGCAAUGAUCUUCAACACACCGUGGAUAUGUUCACAAAUCCAAGUGUCUUGGUCCUGUGUCAGUGUAGGUUAAGGUAAGUGGAUGGGAUCCGAGCCGAACAGGGGUUGUCUAAGGAACCGUCAGGGGGGGCUACUGAUCCGCUGAGAUGGCCGUUAGUGCGGGGGCCGGUGUGCUCUACAUACAUACUAUCUGCACCAACUCUCUAAUCGCUAUUCCCGCCCAGGUCGUGCCAAGCGUCAUUCUAAUUCACUGGGCUAGGUUUUCAGUCGGACAACGGGAGGCUUGUAGAAAGAUGUUCAACUAAAUAAUAGUAAAGACAUGGGACCUACCAUCGUCCCCUUCCCCUGGACACCAACCCAUACAACUUUACACGUGUAGACGAAACACCAAGCAUAUCAACCCCAUCGGCCACCAUAUACCCGUCAAUAACCUUCCCGUCGUUCUCCCACUUUUCC